AUUCCUUUUUAAUUCCUCAAAAAUAAAUUAAUUACCACACAAAAGCAUGUAUAUCAAGUCUGUCGUAAUAGACGGCUUCAAAUCUUACGGGCGUCGUGUCGAAAUCCCCGGAUUUGAUCCCGAAUUCAAUGCCAUCACCGGUUUGAACGGAACUGGCAAAAGUAACAUCUUGGAUUCAAUUUGUUUUGUGCUUGGAAUCUCCAAUUUAGGACAAGUUCGCGCAACUUCACUGCAAGAAUUGGUGUACAAAAAUGGUCAGGCUGGAGUUACCCGCGCAACUGUCACCAUCGUCUUCGACAAUUCAGACAAAUCGCAAUCGCCCAUCGGCUUGGAAAAGUGCUCCGAGAUCUCUGUGGCACGUACCGUCAUCGUCGGCGGCAAAAAUAAAUACAUGAUCAACGGCAAAUCCGUUCAGAACAAACGAGUUCAGGAUUUAUUCUGUUCCGUGCAACUGAAUGUCAACAAUCCCAAUUUUCUCAUCAUGCAAGGUCGCAUCACAAAAGUCCUCAAUAUGAAACCACACGAGAUUUUAUCAAUGAUCGAAGAAGCAGCUGGCACCAGCAUGUACGAAACAAAAAAAGAAGCUUCUCUGAAGAUGAUCGAGAAGAAAGACGCCAAAUUAGAGGAACUUAACGCCUUGAUUAAAGAAGAAGUUGAACCGCGAUUGGAAAAAUUGAAACAAGAACGCGAGCAAUAUAUCGCCUAUCAAAAAGUUUUGCGUGAAAUUGACUUUUUCACACGUCUCCACAUCUCGCAUAAAUAUUUGCAGCUCCAGGAAGCCGUCAAAAACAGCGAAUCGAUGAUACAAUCGAUCACACAAAAAAUUGAGGACCACAAGAAGAAAAUUUCAGAAAAUAUCGAAGAAUGUGCGACCAUCGAGGAAGAAACAAAGACCUUACAAGCAGCCAUGGACAACGAUACGGGCGGCGCAAUAAAAGAACUCGAAGAAGAUUUGGCAAAAGUGAGCAAAGUUGAAGCCGCUACAUCGGGAAAACGGAAUGCCGCCACGGAAAAUAUCAAUGCUGAACGUCGCAAAUUGAAACAAUUGCAAAAAAGUAUUCAAGACGACGAAAGAGUGUUGCAAAAAAAGGAAGCUGAUUACGCAAAGGUCGGUUCAAUGUUCGAAGCCCUCAAAAAGGCAAACGAUGACGACGCUCAAGCAGCUGAAAUUGCCGAAAAACGAUAUGAAGCUGUUUGCAGCGGCUUGUCUGUCAACGAAGACGGCGAAGCAGCAUCUUUACAAGAUCAAUUAAUGGCUGCCCGUUCACAAGUCACCGAAGCAACAACAACCAUCAAAACGUCAGAAAUGGAGCUAAAACACACACAAAAAGUUUACAACGAAAAAUCGAAGCAAGCGAAUGUCCAGGAUUCAGUCCAUUUGCGCGAAACUAAAACCAUCGAGGAAGCAACUCGCAAAAUUCAGCAUUACACGAACGAGUUGUCGAAAAUCCGAUAUGAAGAAGGUUCAUUGGAAGCUUUGCAAGAUAAGCAGCUGGAAUUGACGAAUGAGGGUCGAAAUAUCAAACGUGAGAUCCAAAAACGCAACGGGCAUCGUUUUGAUUUCGUCUACAAAGAUCCCGAACCGAAUUUCGAUCGUCGUCGCGUCUUCGGGAUGCUGGGCAAACUCGUUCGGGUCAAGGACAAAGUUCAUGGUGUCGCGCUAAAUGCUUGUGGCGGCGGCAGUUUGUACAGUAUCGUCACCGAUACGCAAGUAACUGGCAAAUUGUUGCUCGAACGCGGUCAAUUGCAGAACCGGGUGACAAUUAUCCCGCUUAACAAGGUCAAUUCGGGCGUUAUGAAUCCGGAAAUCGUGCGAAAAGCGCAACAAUUGGUAGGACGAGACAAUGUUUGGUCCGCUUUAUCGUUAAUUGACUAUGACGAGGAUGUUGCUCCUGCAGUCCAAUAUGCUUUCGGGUACCAACUUGUGUGUCGCGACUUGAAUAUCGCCAAACAACUCGCCUACAAUCCGCAAAUUCGCAGCAUUUGUGUCACCCUAGAAGGAGAUUUCGUCAAUCCCGAAGGUACUUUAUCGGGCGGUGCUCGUGGAAAUUACGGUUGUGCCAUCUUGGAAAUGGGUGCGGUGCGUGAACUCGAAGAUCGUUACACCGCCAUCGAACAAGAACUGCACCAGAUUCAUCAGAAAAUCCAACAACUCGAACACGUUGCCGGGCAAUUCACGAAAAUCAAGCAGCAGCUCGACCUGGAGAACCAAAAUUUGCAGGCAGCUAAUCAGCGCAUCGCUAAUUCCACGUUCAACAUGAACCAAGCGGAAAUUGACGCGUUAAAGGAAAAGUGCGAAACACUAAAACAGGCGAUUGUGGCAGCGAAAGAGUCCAUGGCGGAGGGAAAUCGCAAAGUGAAGGAUGUCGAAGCGAAAUUAGCGGAUGCGAAAGGUUAUCGGGAGCGAGAAUUAAAGUCCGCCGAAGAAAAUAUGAAAAAAGCUAAGAAGAAAAGUGAAGAAAGUAGCAAACAAUGGAAGGCACGAGAGCGGGAAUAUGAAACAAUUCGCUUGUCAAUCGAAGAUUUGAAGACAACGAUCGCUGCGUCGCAAGAAAAACUCGUGAAUCUCGAAGAAACCAUCAAAAAUUUGGAAGAAGAUUGCGAAAAAUUGGUACAAGAGAGUGCAAAGGCGACAAAUGAUGUCUCCGAGUUGAAAGCAAAAAUUAAAGAACUCAAGGACAAGAUGUCGGCGCAAAAUAAAGAAAUUAAACAACGUCUCGCCAAAAAAGAUCGCAUGUUGAAGCAGAACCAAGAUCUCGAGUUGGACAUCAAAAAACAAGAAAACGAAAUCACAAAAGUUCGAAAUGACAAUAAAACCGGGUAUGACAACAUCAAUGCGCUCGAGAACAAGUACACGUGGAUCGCCGAGGAAAAACAAUAUUUCGGCGUUCCAAAGACCCGUUACGACUACAGCCAAACGAAUCCGAUCGAAGCAGGCAAAAAAGUCAAACAACUGAACGAACAAAAGGAGAAAAUGGGCAGAAAUUUGAACCAAAAAGCGAUGAUGCUGCUGGAACGCGAGGAAGAAAUGUUCGGGCAACUCACGAAACGUCGCACGGAUCUCGAAAAUGACAAGAAAAAACUCCUGAGUGUCAUCAAAAAUCUCGACGAAAAGAAAAAACGCGAACUCAAAAAAGCUUGGGAUCAAGUAAAUGCCAAUUUUGGUGGAAUUUUCAGUUCAAUCUUGCCAGGAGCGAAUGCCAAGCUCAUGCCGCCUCCCGGACAAGAUUUCCUCAAAGGUCUCGAAGUAAAAAUCGGUUUCAACGGUUUGUGGAAGGAAUCGUUAACGGAACUAUCUGGAGGACAACGAUCCCUUGUCGCACUUUCCCUUAUUCUUGCCAUGUUGAAAUACAAACCGGCGCCCUUGUACAUUCUCGAUGAGGUCGAUGCCGCCUUAGAUUUGUCACACACGCAAAAUAUCGGAAAUAUGUUAAAACAUCACUUUACAAACUCACAAUUUAUUAUUGUCUCGUUGAAAGAUGGCAUGUUUAAUAAUGCCAAUGUGCUUUUCCGCACGAAAUUCGUCGAUGGCAUGUCUGCCGUUACGCGAACCGUCAAUCCGAACUUGGGGAGGAAAUAAUAAAAUAUAAUUUUUUUACUAAGAUUUGAAAAUUUUGAUUAAAAAUAUUUCUAAAAAAUUAAGAAAUAAAUAUUUUUUUACAGA